AUGGCUGCCAUAUUCAGGUCUAUCCCACGGGCCUUUAGGGGAUAUCUCUGUGCACCAGUCCCUCUUUCAGCAAGAAAGUUCAGCCAAAUAACAGAUGAGAAUCGUACCCUGGCUGGUAAAGUGGCUGUAGUCACUGGUUCCACAAGAGGGAUUGGCUUUGCCAUCGCGAGGCGUAUGGCCCGGGAUGGGGCACAUGUGGUCAUCAGCAGCCGGAAGCAGGAGAACGUGAAGGAAGCAGUGGACAUCUUGAAGGAGGAAGGGCUGAGUGUGACUGGCACCGUGUGCCAUGUGGGGAAGGCUGAGGACCGCCAGCACCUUGUGACCACAGCCCUGAAGCAUUCUGGGGGCAUUGACUUCCUUGUGUGUGUGGCAGGAGUCAAUCCCCUGGUGGGAAGCACCCUUGGAGCCAGCGAACAGAUCUGGGACAAGAUCCUGGAUGUGAAUGUGAAGUCCCCGGCCCUGUUGCUAAGCCAGGUUCUGCCCCACAUGGAGACUAGAGGGGGAGGCUGCGUUGUUCUAGUGUCCUCCGCAGUGGCUUAUGUACCAGUUCCAAGGCUGGGCGUCUACAACACCAGCAAGACGGCUCUACUGGGGCUCUGCAAGUCUCUGGCUGUGGAGCUCGCUCCAAAAGGCAUCAGAGUGAACUGCCUAGCGCCAGGAAUUAUCAAGACUGACUUUAGCCUACGGGAGGAAACAAUGCCGAACAUGCUGCCUGAACUGAAAAAAGUCUUCGGAGUGCAGCGGUUAGGGGAGCCGGAAGAAUGUGCCGGGCUUGUAUCCUUCCUGUGCUCCUCAGAUGGCAGCUACAUCACUGGGGAGAACAUCGUGGUGGGUGGCUUCUCCCCUAAACUUUGAAGAGACAG